UGUGAAAAACAAGUAGGCAAGCAUGCAGGUUGUACCGGUUGAGUGGACUUUCAUCAUGUAUCUGGGUACAAAUAAGUAAGUUAAAGAUUAGUAGGCAGGCGUUAGGCUAGCGCCAGUGAGGUACAUAAAUAAGGACAUAUCACAUGAUUUUAUACUGAUCAGUUUUGAGUUGUCGAGUGACAAUUGCUGGUCUGAAAGAUCCUUGCCGUAGUCUAUAUGCGGAUAUGAUCAACUGAGUUGAUUUUCUUGAUUAAUUUUUUAUAUUGUACAAGUCUAUGUUUUCGUGCUUAAGCCGUGACAACUACUUUAGUGACGUUAGCUAUUAAUUAAAUGCCUAUUUUUCCUGUUGCUUGCUCUUUUCUCCUUCGUCUUUUUAAUUAUACUGUCAAAAAUGAAAGGUAAUGUAGUCUUCUCAAUAAUGCUUAUCACUACUAAGUUGAGAACGGUCUAUGAUACUUACUGAGUAGAUGUCGAUUUUUAUACUCAUACUACAGUCUGCAUCUUUGGUGAGCCACUUGCUUCUAUCGCAAGUGGCCACGACGUCUUAAUUUGCUCAUGACAAGCAACACCAUUUCAACUGCUCACCUUAUACACCACAUAGUAUUUUGGCCCACAUCUCCCUUUCAACUGCUAUGCAGAGAGCUCACUCAGGGAGAGCCAUUCAAUGUAUUGAUUUGACAGUAACGAAUAAUGCAAAAAGAAGCUUCCCUUCCUUUUAAAUGUUUCACACAUGAUCUAACAAAAAAAGCAUCUCUUUUAGGCUAUUUGACAUAAGUCUGAAUGUAAUAGUAUAAGGUUAGUAGCAUUUUCAGUUGUUUCUCACCCUACUUCUAUCAUUCUUAGGUGACUUUCCAUCUCUCCCAAGUGCAGUCAUGGCACAAAAAAAUGGUGAACUCCAUGUAGUUUUCGUUCCGUACUUUACACCAAGUCAUAUGAUCCCCUUAGUUGAUAUAGCUAGACUUUUUGCUAGCUGUGGUGUCAAAGUUAGCAUUAUCACCACCCACUAUAAUGCCCUCCUUUUCGAGUCCUCCAUCAAUGAUUCUGGCCAACUUAUCUUUGUCCACAAACUCAAGUUCCCAUCUGAUGAAGUAGGCUUACCAGAAGGUAUCGAAAACUUCAGCGCUAUCACUGGCCCAGAAAUGGUUAUCGGUGUAUUUAUGGGAAUUGAUUUGCUACAAAAACCAAUCAAAGAUCUUAUUGUUGAGCUUCGUCCUCAUUGCAUAGUUUCAGAUGUGUGCCAUACAUGGACAGUGGAUGUAGCCGAGCAGCUGAAGAUACCUAGACUUGCAUUUUAUUCACAUAGUCUAAUGUACCAUUGUGUUGAACAUUGUUUGAAUGUGUACACACCUCACGAGAAGGUAAGUUCGGAUUCAGAAAGUUUCAUGAUUCCAGGUUUACCAGAUAAGAUAGAAAUGAAAAGAUCUCAAUUGCCAGAAAAUAUUGUUAAAACCAACCUUGAAGGACCAUACUGGGAGAUGAUGAAGAGAAUUAAAGAAGCAGAACCUCGGAGAUAUGGCGUGAUUCAUGAUGCUGUCUAUGACCUGGAGUCUACUUACGCGGAGCUUUACCAGAAAAUCAAAGGCAAAAAACCAUGGUUGAUUGGUCCAUUGUUUCACUUUUCAAAGAGAGAAGAAGCAAAUACUGCAGUUAAAGAGCGACACAGCUGCCUAAGUUGGCUUGAUUAUCAAGAACCAAGUUCUGUUGUGUACAUUUGCUUCGGAAGUAUGGUAAGGUUUUCUGAUGCUCAGCUCACUGAAAUUGCCUUGGCUCUUGAGGCCUCAGAUUCAUCGUUUCUUUGGGUGGUAAGGAAGGGAGACAAACUCCAAGAAAAUGAGCAAGAAAGCUGGAUGCCUACCGGCUUUAAGGAAAAAAUGCUUACCAACAACAAAGGCCUGAUUGUCACAGGAUGGGUGCCACAGCUGAAGAUCUUGAACCAUCCAGCAACCAGAGCAUUCGUGACUCAUUGUGGCUGGAACUCCAUCCUGGAAUCUCUUACAGCCGGAGUGCCAUUGCUGACAUGGCCCUUAUUCGCGGAGCAGUUCUACAAUGAGAAGCUGGUGGAGGUUCUUGGAUGUGGGGUAGGUGUUGGGGCAGAGGUGUGUCACAGUACUUUUGACAUCACGGAUACAAUUGUCAAGAAGGAGAAGAUAGAGGCAAGUGUGAAAAUGCUGAUGAGCAACUCCAUGGAAAGCGAAAAGAUCAGAAGUAGAGCAAAAGACAUCGAAGCAAUGGUUAAGAGGGCUGUCGAAACAGGUGGCUCAUCUUAUAAUCAUCUAACUGAGUUAAUACAGGAGCUCAAGUGCCAUGUAUUUAGCACCUUGGAAGAAUAAUUGAAAAUGUAAUAUCCCGGAUGCUGAAAUCGCGUGUAUUGCAUAACAGAAUAAAAGGGAAAACAAAAUAACAUGUUAUGUUUCAAGCA